CUGUGGCAUGUCGUUAAUAAAUAUAGUCUUUGCUGUCAUGUCAGAAUCGAGUAUUUUAUCUCUUCGCUCGAUUAUUUAGGUCUUACUGCAGUGUCAUAAGCAGCAGACAUUCCUCCCGCAGCUGAAAGUGAGUGAGUGUGGAGGGACAUGAUAGCGACUGUCCGAGCUGCUCUUCCCAUCAUACAGCAUGGGCUCCACCGCCCAGAUCAGCCACAGGAGAGCUCCAGCCCCGCCGCGAUCCCCUGGACUUGUUUUUGUGUCGUAGAUCGGUUGUGUUGUUGAGAUGUUUGAAGUGUAAAAUGUGGGAGAUUGUGCUAUGGACUCGGGACAAGAUGGCAGCACUAUGAGACACACACAUCAACAUGCUGUGAGUUCACUUGAAGUGUGUAAAAUGACCGAAGAAGACCUGGAUUAUAUCUACUGUUACUUCGUGUGAAAGGUAUGGCCUCACAAGUUUUGGUCUACCCACCACAUGUUUUUCAAACUCAGACAAGUGCCUUUUGUAGUGUGAAGAAACUUAAAGUCGAGCCCAGAAACUGUGUUUACCAUGAGAGGGCCUACCCACAGACUUACUUGAAUGGUAGAACCCUUGGCAUUGCGUACCCAACGAAACUUACUGCUUCGUUCAAGACGCGAGAUUUUGUGGUCUGCAGAAACCGCGAGCAGGAUUUUACGUUGCAGACGGCUGCUGUACGAGGCGUGCGGCGACAGCAUACCACCGCACAGGCACCACAGCAGAAAGAGGGCGUGUCCUCUCAGGGCAAGUGGGCAGGGCAACAGGAUAAAGGAAGUGUUUGCCGCAGUGGAGCUACAGGGGCAGCCGGAAGGGGUAGGGGAGAGGGAAGCGACAGUCAAAAAGAAGAAGGAGGAGGUGAAGAAAAGGGGGGUGGAGGUGAGGAAGAGGGUGACGGUGAAGAUUGUGAAAGUUUUAACUUGCGAGACUGCUCCAACAGAUGCGGGCAGAAACGUAAGAGCGAGGAGCUUGAGAACUUGGGGAGCGCCAUGCAGAUUGUGGAGGACCCAUCAAUGUUGCCUGCGAUGUUGCAAUCGAACGUUGGAAACCCGCCGGCUGCCGUCCCGGCUGCAGGCGGAGGGACUGCGAAGCAAGGAGUUGGUUCUGGAAGUGGGGAUGGCGACUACCAGCUGGUGCAACACGAGCUGCUUUGCUCGUUGAAGAACACCUACGAGGUUUUGGACUUCCUCGGCCGCGGUACCUUUGGUCAGGUCGUGAAAUGUUGGAAACGGGGCACAAAUGACAUAGUGGCAGUAAAGAUCCUGAAGAAUCACCCAUCGUAUGCUCGGCAGGGCCAGAUCGAGGUGGGCAUCUUGGCCCGCCUCAGUGGUGAGAACGCAGACGAGCACAAUCUGGUACGAGCUUUCGAGUGUUUUCAGCACCGCAGCCACACCUGUCUCGUGUUUGAGAUGCUGGAGCAGAACCUGUACGACUUCCUAAAGCAAAACAAAUUCAGCCCUCUACCUCUGAAGGUCAUCCGCCCCAUUCUUCAGCAGGUGGCUGCGGCGCUGAAAAAGUUGAAGUCCAUGGGACUGAUUCAUGCCGACCUGAAGCCUGAGAACAUUAUGUUGGUGGACCCGGUACGGCAACCCUACAAGGUUAAAGUCAUUGACUUUGGCUCAGCAAGUCACGUCUCUAAAGCAGUCUGCUCUACGUACCUUCAGUCACGGUACUACAGGGCACCAGAGAUCAUUCUUGGCCUGCCUUUUUGUGAAGCCAUAGACAUGUGGUCGCUGGGAUGUGUGAUUGCAGAGCUCUUUUUGGGAUGGCCUCUCUACCCAGGAGCCCUCGAGUAUGAUCAGAUUCGCUUCAUUUCUCAGACGCAGGGGCUGCCAGGGGAGCAUCUGUUAAAUGUUGGGACGAAGACAUCACGGUUCUUUUGCCGCGAGUCGGACUCGCCGUAUGCGGCCUGGAGACUGAAAUCCACAGAAGAACAUGAGACAGAGACGGGGCUGAAGUCAAAGGAAGCUAGGAAGUAUAUCUUCAGCAGUUUGGAUGACAUAGCGCAUGUGAAUCUAGUGAUGAAUCUUGAAGGCUGUGAUUUAUUGGCCGAGAAGGUGGACCGUGCAGAGUUUGUAGGUUUGCUGAAGAAAAUGUUGUUGAUAGACGCAGAGGAAAGAAUCGCCCCGAGUGACGCUCUCAGCCAUCCCUUUGUCACAAUGCAGCACCUGUUGGAUUUCCCUCACAGCAACCAUGUUAAAUCGGGUUUUCAUAUUAUGGACAUGUGCUGCUCACGGCCAGCCGGUUACGAGUCUCUCAGUCGGAGCAAAGCUCCGUUUGUCAGGACGGCCCCGAGCACCAACGCGGCUCCCGGCCUCACGCUGCCCUUCUGCAAGAUGAGCGGCAUUCACACUCAGGCUUUGGCAUCAUCUGCCCCCUCGGUGAUGCAUCCUGGGAUACCCCUCCAGACAGGAAGUGCUCAGUUUAGUGACUCGUUCCAGCAGGCAUUGAUCCUCUGUCCCCCUAACCUACAAGGUCUCCCUCCCAACCCAAAUAAGCCAGCAGGUUUUCCAGUGUGCAUAGAGAACACAGUACCACUGGUGACGCAAGCUUCAACCAUCCAACCUCUACAGAUUAGACCAGGAGUUAUUACCCAGCAAGCGUGGUCGAAUCAUGCCCAGCAGAUCCUGGUGCCCGCCUGGCCUCAGGUGACACCCGUGGCCCCCUCAGCAGCCACACUGGCUUCAGAUACAGUGGCAGGUCCACAAAGACUGGCAGACUGGGGGUGUGUGAAACGAAAUCCUCCUUCGUUGUAUUUACUGAAAGUUCAUUCUCACGGUAACCAUUACGGCUCAAUGAUGCCCCACCAUCAGCCACUGCUAACCAACCCGAUGGCCAUGUCAGCUCACCAGCCAAUCAGCAUAGGGAUUGCUCAUGUGGUGUGGCCACAGCCAGCAGCUAACAAAAGAAAUAAAGCAUCUUUAAACAGAAGUAACAACUUUAUGCACAGCACAAACUCCCAAAAUUUAGCAAGCCGGUCCCCAAAGAUGGUAGAUGGUGCCAAAAACACAGGGGAGGCGGAGUGUGUUGUUGAGGCGGUGCCGGAGGAGGAGCCUGUGUGCUGUAAGGCAGAGCCGGAGUACCAGGACUCGUGUGUGUCUCGGAAACAGAGAGAUACCGUUGUGAUCGCUGACUCUCCGAGCCCAGCAGGAAGUGUGAUCAGUAUCAGCAGUGGAUCAGAUGAAGAAGAGCCUGGGACUCAGAAACACUCAAAACUUGAGUGUAAGGGUAGUCCAGAGUGUGAGGCGUGUCAGAGUACACUGAAUAUGGAGCGAGUUUGUUCCUUGAGCAGUCCUGAUUCAACCCUGAGCACAAGUUCAUCUGCAUCAGAACAGUCCAGCGCUUCACCCUGCAAGAGACCCAACAGUAUGUCGGAUGAUGAGCGGGAAAGUGGAUGUGACACGGUGGACGGCUCACCAGCCUCUGUUUCCUCCAGUCACGCUGACAGCCCCUUCCUACAGGACACUUACAUUAAUAACAACAACCAGAACUGUAAAGCCGAGGAAAGCGUCAAGACCGAGUCUGUCAAGCUGCCCGUCCGCACCAUGGUGGUGCCGCCCAUGAGGGUCCCACGAAAUGAACCAAUGGGCCGCACAGUUGUAGAGUCAUGCCCACCCAAAAUCCGCAGUGGAUCCAUCAGACAGCCACCUUACUCCACGUUACUGCUGACCCGGCAACAAAAAACCACACCGGCUUUCCCGCCCCUCCAUCAUCAACAGCAGCUCGGUUUUGGACAGGUCCAGCAUUUUGGCUCCUCCCAUCAGGAAUGGAAUGGCAACUACAGCCACCGCAGGCCACAGGCGUUUAUCCCACCCACUGUGCAUGGCCACACUUUUACUCUUCCUCACGGCAGCCCCACCCACACUACGGCCCACCCUCCUCAGUCCCACCUGGGUGUCCACCACCAUACCCAGCCCACUUUAAUUUCUUACCCCCCUUCAGGCCCCCUGGUGACAAACGCCCCUAUGGCCCACCUCCUGGCUUCCCCGGGGGCUACACGGACUCACGUCUUUCAACCGCCUUAUGGCCUCUCCCAUCCGGCGGGCCACCUCGUGCACCAGGUCACCAUGGGGCUCAACCCCCGUCUUUUGCCCUCUCCCACCCUCCACCCUCAGGGUCAAUUCAAAACCCUCUUCCCCCCGCACUCCUUCAUCGCGUCGCCUGCGUACGCAAGCUUCCCUCUCAGUCCCACCAAGAUAAAUCAGUACCCCUACGUCUGAGACUCGCUUCGCAACCCUCUCGAGUCCGGAAGGCAGGCGGUCCCGGGCGGUUAUCGCUCGGCCGUGGGCGUAACGCCGGGUUCUCCGUACCAACCACCCACAACCCGGCAUCGUACCCAAAGCCAUGGCUCAAAAGGGAAAGCGAGCAAUUU